GGAAAAGCCAGCACGUCCUUCUCGUCCGAAAACAUUCGCAGAAUUUCCACAACGCUAACAACGGUCACCAACCAUGUCAUCGGGCAACCCUGUUUUGUGCAGCUUAAAGUGCAGCAACCACAUCAAGGUUGUACGCACAGCAAGAGCCAAGUUGACCGGUUGCCCACGAUGCAAGGCAUCGCUUUCGACAGAUUGCUCAAAACGAACAUUUCUCUCGCGCGUAGGCCAGGAGUGGGACGUACCGUCUGCAGACACAGCGAGCGUAUUACACGUCGGCAUCACUGACUCAACAGGCAAGGUGUGGAACUUUGAUUCAAAGGGGUUGUUCCAGGAAGACUCUGGAUGGGAUAAGUGCAUCAUCCUCGAUCUUGGCAUCGAGGGGCCGAAGGUUGAUUCCACAUUAGCAAGCGAAACAGAACACUGGCGCCGAGCCUCCCCAGCCUAUCAUGCCACAGCCAACAACUGCUUCGAUUACAUUGUGCAAAUACUCAACAAGCUCGCUUUCAACGGCACGUCCACCUGGACCAAGGUGUCCUUGUGCAGUGUUGCGUUGAAUGAAUGCGUGGCCUUGGCAGAGGCAUCGCAGCGCUGCCGCGACUUGAUACAACGCGCCAAUGGCUGGCUCCUUCACGAGGCGUUCACGGCCUUCAGUUGCACCAUUCAUCUUGGGGAGUCGGGAGAACACGUUCAGUUUGAGCAUGACACCUGUCCGGUCUGUUUUCCGUACUUGGAAGCACGCCUUCGCAUCGCCAAGGCGUUCUUCCGUGGGCUCAAGGACGAGAGCGCUGACACAGACGACACACACGAAACAGACGUGUGGCAGCAAGACGACGAGGAUGACAUGUUCGCCCAUGACGAUCAAGCAGGCAGCGCAGACGCGUGGAUGUGA